CCUAUCGCACCCCUCAACUCUAAACCCUAAAUCUAGAUUAGUUAACCCUAAGAGUAUAAUUAUCUUUUAUCCUUCAUUAAAAGUGAUGAUAAAAGUGGUUAGUGUAAACAUGAAAAGUGGUACUGUGAAUGUGCUAUUUGUGGCAAUUUUCCUUUAAGAUUCUAUCAAAUUUUUUUAUAGAUUGUUACAGAUUUUUGUUAUUGUAUAACCUCUUUUCUGUCAUUAUUUUUGUAAAGUAAAUAUGUGAUGUAUGUUUUUUAAAUGUAUUUUCUAAAUAUAUUUUUUCUAACUAAUGUAGCAUUUUUAUUUAUCUUUUUGUAAAUAAAAUAUCUAUUAACAAUUUCAUUAAUUAUAUUACUUUAACAAUACAUCAUGUCAUUAAUUAUAUUACUAUAAUAAUAAUAGUACAUAUUGUUAUUUAUUAGUUAUACAAUAUUAACUUUAUGUCAAUUAUAAAAUUAAAUUUUUUUAAAAAACUGUGUUUUGCAUAUGCUUAAACGUUUGUUUUAGUUUGUUUUACUAAAACUUUUUUUUAUUUUAAUUUCAAUCGGUGGAAAAUUACGUAGCCAAAAACAUAACUCAAAGACAUGUUUUUGUGAAUGAAAUAAUAACUUAAAUCAAAAUUAAAAAAAUAUUAAAUUUAUUGUCACUUAAUUUUUCACUUCGUAUAAUUAUUUUAUUAAAUAAAAAACAGUUUUAGUUUCACUUAAUUUAGCCAAACACAUAGAAAAAAGUCAUUUUUGUUAUUUUUAAAAAUAAAUUAGGCAUGAACACUGGCUAUCCAUUUAGAUACGGGUUGUUUUUUGGAUAUCGUUUUUUUGUUUUGUUUUAAAAUUGGUCCCGCUUGAAUAUUAUAAAUUUAUGUGUGAGUUUUGAGAUGAAUCCUUCUAGGUCUUGCUUAGUUCGGUUCUGAUGUAUAGAAACCUAAAAUAUCUAAAUACCAAAUGUAUCUGAAACGGGUUUGGAUAUUUGUACCAAAAAUAUCUACAUUACCCGAUUCGGUAUAGAUCUUUUGAAUACAAUUAAUUAAAUUACGACACAUCUAAAAUAUAUAACACUAAUUAUGAAAAAAAUAUCAAUAUAUAAAAAUGUAAAAACCAAUAUCUGUGCGAUUGCACCGGUAUAAAAGUUUAUCACCUUCCUAUCAUUCGUUGAGAUAUAUAUAUAUAUAUAUAUAUAUAUAUAUAUAUAAUUAUGUUAAUAUGUACACACUUUUAACUGUAUAAUCUUUGUCUAUAAAUUGUCGUGAAAACACCAUUAAAAGAUUAUUGUACCAUGAAAAAGGUAAUAAAGUAUAAAAUAUGAUGAAUUAUGUUUUUGUUAACAAUAGUUAUUUUGUUUCUUAAAUAAAAUAUUACAUAUAUUUUGAAAAUUUCAUAGAUAUACAUGAUAUUGUGAAAGUUGCGUCUCAUGAGUAAAAAUAACAUUUUAAAUAACAAUAGAUUAAAUAAAUUGUUAAAAUCAUCAAAUCAAUAACAAUAUACUUUGUAAAAAUUUUUAAAAAAUUCAUAUACGAGUAACAAUAGAUCCUCAAAAUUUUCUAACUUUAUUAAGAAUUCUUGUGCCAAUAACCUCCUAAGAAAAACAUAUCUAACUUAUAAAUAAGACCAACCAAAAUCGAGUGAGAGAGGCUUGCAUUUGAGCAAUAAAACACUUGAAACAAACCAUGCGAAUCACUAAAAAGAAAAAUUGUCUAUGAAAUUCUUAAGCAAACCACUUUACGUUUCAUAAACACAGUGAUUUGAUAUAGAAAAUAACCACAGUGGUGAUUGGGUUGUUUUAUGGGCUUAUUUGCCAAAUAAAAAAAAAAGGAGUAAUUAGAUUUUUAGAAAGUUAAAUCGAAAUACGAAAAGAAUUAAAGAAAGAUGAUGUUUUUGGUUAGAUAGUGGAUUUGUGUUUUUUUAUAGUUAUUGAGGCUAAUUUCCCUUAUUUUAUUUCUUUUUAUAUUUUUUUGUCAACAAAAGGCUAAUCUAAUCCUAGGUAUAUUUCCCUUUAUAUAUUAAAUCGUUAGAAAGUACUUAAAUUUUUAACUAUGAUUAAUCAAUGUUUAUCCCCUACACAAAAAAAGAUUAAUCGAUGUUUGCAAAAAGGUUAAAUUAUAUUGUUCAACCUCAUUUGUUAUGCCAAGUUCGUUACCGUCCAUCGCUAUCACCCAGGUCGAUGUCAAGUAUAAUAAUCGGAAUAAUUGACAUAUUUUGAUUUACCCGUAACCUUGCUUGGCUUGACCCAAAUCAGAGAAAGAAUCCUAAAAAAGUAUACUUAUAAAAAUUGUUUGGACCAUUUCCUUAAACUACUAAUACUUUGGUCUUACCUUAAAUUUAGACUAACAACAUAUUUUCAUAUAUUUCUCGAACAAUAAUUUAGUCAAUAUCUAUAUUAUUUAAUAACCAUGUAUUUUGAUUGAUUUACCAAAUAAGUGGCUUUUUGUUUAUAUACUGACUAGUAUUGACCCCAUGCUACACAUGGGAAUUUGUUUUGUUAAAAAAAAAACAAAUUUCAGUAACCAAACUUGAGAAAUUCCAAAAUUAAUUACAGAAAAAAAUUAGACAAUUAAUUUCUUUAAAUUGUAAAGACUAAAUAGUAAAUAAAAAUAUUGUUUACCUGAAUUUUGAAUGGUCAAACGUUUUGCAGUUCUCUCUACUACAUUCGUCAUAUCUUCUUUUCUUCUUGUACCUUUAAUUUCUCAUACACGUCUGCAGCAAAUAAAAUAGUUUCAAAAACUGAAUAAUACAAAGAUGGAUCUCUUAAUGUUUUUAUUUACUCAGAUUUUUCCAUUUCGUAAAAACCCGUCGUACAAAUGAAUCUAUGCAAUGAAUUAUAAAAGUUUCACAGAAAACGAAAGAUGAUAUGAAGAAACCAUCAGAACGGAGACCGGUUUGUAAAAGAAAAUAUUUAUUGAGAUGAUUAAAAGUUCCAUGCACAAAAGAAAAUAAAUUAUUUGUGGAAACUGUUGGGAUCGUGGCUUUGAUCAAGGAACGGUUUAGACUUAACAAUGCAACUUCAUUUUUCAUCGAAAAAAUCUUAACUGUAUUACUGAUGCAUUUAUUUUUUAUUUUAAAAUUAUAUUGAAGCACAAGCCAUGUGUCAGAAUUUGAUUGAUCAUGUGACUUGUGCUUUAUUAUAUAAGGGAUUGGCUUAUUUAUUAAUUGGGUUUAUGUAUCGAUAAUACCAAACACAAUCCUAUCCACGGUUAACCAUUAACCAGUGUAAAUGACAUCUAAUCUAUUAAUACAGGAGUACAAAAUUAAACUAACCCUGAAUUUUUAAUGUUAAUUACUUUCGAAAGCCACUGAAACUAUUAUUACUCUUUCCUUAAAAUUAGCUUGUCUUUUUCGAUUAUUUAAUGUUAUACUAUACACUACAAAAACGGAAACAAUGACUUAAAGUCUUCACCAUGAUGGAAUGUUAUGUUAUAAAUCGGAUGACUUCAAAGUAAAUCAUCAAUUCAAUUCUUCUUUCAUAUCAUAUAAUAAUUAUAUAGUAUCUAACAUUCCUCCAAAACACUAAUUAGCAUUAAAAUCAUGUUACUGGUACUGUAAACUAUAACAGCAAUAUUUAUAUGUACGUUAAUAAUAUAUUGUGUAAUUUGUUUUGGUAUUUACGUUAAUAUUAUAUGGUAUAAAUUAUUUUUCCAAAUCAGUUCUUCCUUGCUUUACAUGCGAAAGUCUCUACAACAAGUUCAAAAUUUGAAAACAGAAUUGAUUAAAUCCGAGUGCACACAGGAUCCUACUUACCAACAAUAUUUGAUCCCCAUAUAUUCAAAAUUUUAAACUAUUUAAUCAUUAUCAAUACAUAGAAAAUCGCUUUCAGAAACUUAAUAGCUUCAAUUACGGAAAAAAUAUAUUAAAUCGAAAAAAAUGGAGAGCGAUUCUGAUUUAACCAAAAAGAUAUCAAUACUAUAUUCAUGUUACCAAAAAAAUAUAUUGCAUAUAAUUAGUUACCAAAAUCAUUCCUCCCCUAACCUUGCGCAUCAAUCAACAUUUAUUUUUAACAUUAAAUAAUUAAAAGUUAUCGAUUAUUGGUAACAAGAAUAUAUUUAACAUAACAAAGAUAAUUGAUUUCUAUCAAACGAUUAGCUAUAUUCUUGGUAAUAAAAAUAUUUUUAUGCACAGCAUAUUCGGUUUACUUGCAAAGUGGGCAAAGUGGGCGUUGUGUAGAUUUAGAAUUCCUAGGGUUCCAUAUCUCCAUUAUAUAUAGUUUCCCUCAUACCAAUAUUCACCAAAACAUUUCAUUGUUAACAAAAAAUCAUGUCAUUAAACAAAAGUUUCUCUUUGCUUUCCAAUGUCAAACCUUGGAAGUCGGCAUGGCGUGUGCGAGUGAAACUGAUACACUCGUGGAAACAAACCCCCCCCCCCCCCCCCCCAGCUAUGCCGAAGAAACAUUUGAAAUGGUCUUAGCUGAUGAAGCAGUAAGUCAUUCAUACACAAAAUUUCCCAUCUGUCAAUACUAUUACUUUCUAAUACUAUUUUGUGAAUUUCAGGGUGGUAAAAUUCAUGCAUCCUGCAAUAAAGCUCACAUGUUUCGUACUCAACGUAACUUUCCAAUUGGAGAGUGGCGUGUUGUUGAGAAUUUUAAGGUUUCCAAAGCAGGUGGAAAAUAUCGACCAACAGGACUUUACUAUAAGAUCAGUAUUACCAGUAAAAAAGUUUUUACUGGAUCUGACUACCGUAAUGAUAGGAGUUUCUUAUCUCUAACUAAUUUCGAUGAGCUUUCGAAAUGGUUGGGCUUUUUAAAUUAAAAUCACACAAAUAGUUAUCUAUUUAACACAAACAUAAGCCUUUAAUUAAAUUGUAACUACGAUUGUUCAUAAAUUUAUUUAUUCUUAGACUACUCUUAAUCAAAAUUUUAAUAUGUUAUAUUUCCAUAGCCUUAGAAUAAAUAUAUCUCAAUAAAAAAUUAUACCUUAAUUUUCCUUUUCAUAUAUAUUAUACUAACUCAUAAUUAUUUAUUUCAUUAUAUUUUAAAUUGGCAAAAUUGUUUUUUUUUAUAUUUCUUAUUUUAAUGCAUCAUUAUCUUCAUUUUUAUUUUCCACUUUCUCUAUUUGAUAUUAAAUAUCGUUCAUAAAAUAUGAUUACUAACACGGAUACAGUCACUACUCAAUGUAAUACAGACUAACUAUUACAAAUAAAUCAUGAAUAUAAACAAAACAAAUUUGAAACAAAAAAUAAACACCCGCCCGGUCGGGCGGGUCAUGAUCUAGUUAUUAUUAAUUGAUGUCCUAAGAAGGAAUUUUUAGGUACACAUUUUAUACACAAUAACUAUAUUAUUAAUCUUUCCGAUGCAUGUAUAAUACUUCAUAUUUUAAACCAAUAAAUGGUUUAUAUACUGAUGUGUACAAUUCUUCAUAUUUUUCUAGGUUUUUUUUGGGUCAAACGGUUCAAAAGUUAAUGGCGAGUUUUUAGAUUUUACCGAAUUUUGAAUUAAUAGGUUUUCAAUAAAUUCGAAUUUUGUAGAAAUAUAUCAGUUGGUAGAACCUAUAAUAAAAUACUAUAUGAAGAACAUAUAUCAAUCUUAAUUAUAUAUGGUCAUUGGGGUUACCGCUACGACCACAGGUCCGGGUCGAAUAUCAUAUUUUAAUCGUCGAUAAACCACAUAUUUAUCCAUUAAAAAGAGUUAAGUUAAUUAGUAAAAUUAGAAUUUUUUCUUAGCACCAUUAAGUAAAUUUAUUUUAAAUAAUUUUUGGUUUUAGAUAUAUAUGAUAUGUUCGGUUGUUUAUGAAAAUCAGUUCAAGUUUAGUUUCAUUUUUUCAGCUUGGUAUAAUUCGAUUCGCGGUUUCGGAUACAUGUGUCCAAAACUACACUAGAUUGUAUAAAAAUUAUUUAAUAUAAAUUUAUUUAAUUUUGAAAACAAAUCCGCGCUUUUCAAACGCGGAUCAAAAUCUAGUUAAAAACUUAAACUACAAUAAAAAAUAGUUAUCUAAGGGGACCCAUUAUUAAUUAGAGCACCUCCACUGGAAUGGAAGUUCUAUUCAUUGGAGUUUUAAAUAUGAAUAUGUGUAUGUAUAUAUUGUAUAUAUGUAUGCAGUUAUGGUGUCCCCUAAAUUGUGUAAAACUCUUCAUUGGAGGUGCUCUUAUAGCAAAAUUUUAUGUUUAUCACUUUCGUGGUACCAUUUUUCAUCUUUACCACCACUAAAUGAAUAUUUUCAAGAAUAUCUUAUCUAUUAAGUGGCAAAAGACUUUUAUACCCUUGUUAUUUACAUAUAUAAUAGAUCAUUAUUUAAAUAAAUAAAAAUAAUAAUAAGAAAAAAAUAAAAUUUGUUUUUAUGUUUUCGAAUUAUACUUUUUCAAAUUUGAACUUUUUAUAAAUUUGUUUUUUUAUUAUUAUUUUUCAAAAUUUCUUUUUGAAAAUCAAAAAAUUAUAUUUGAAACUAUUUUUAAAUUUUUUUAUAUAUUUUAAGUAUUUAUUUAUAUAUUUAUUAGAAUUCUAAAUUUUACAUUCCAAAAAUCCUACCACACCGUUUAACUCUAAACCCUAAAUUUAGAUUAGUUAAUCCUUAAGAGUAUAAGUGUUUUCUUAUCUUUUAUUAAAAGUGAUGGUAAAAGUGCUUAGUGUAAACAUGAAAGUGGUACUAUAGUAUUUGUGGCGUUUUCCAUUUGCUUAUUUGUUUAAUGUAUUACUAGAGAUGGACCCGCGCGCCCGCGCGGGUGUUGGCUUUUGCAAGAAUGAUUUUUGUUUUCCAUGUAAAUAUUAUAUACUUUAGAUGUGUCACGAUGUUAGAGAAUUGUAUCGCGGUAUUAGUAUUCUUUUUAAUAACGUUUUUUUGUUUUCCAUUGUAAAUGUACAAUUUUUUGUUUACAAAAAGCUACAUAGCACAUAUAUAAUAUUAAAAUGUUAAUAAUUCUUUAAUAAUAUAGAUAUGCUAUCAAUUUUAUUGAAUUUAUGUAAACAAAGUCUUUAUAUUUCAAAUUAAAUUUAUGUUUUUAUAGAAAGAAAGAAGAUUCAUAUUUUUUAACCAUUCAAUAAUUUAUUUCUUUAGAUAAUUUUUAUAAACAAAAUAUUAAUCAAAAUUUCAAUGAAAAUGUAAUUUAGAUUAUGAUUUGGGCAUGAUGUUGCAAAAAAACAAAAUAAAGAUUAUGAUUUGGGCUGUCAUGUUUUAAAAGUGGGUUGGGCCCAAAAAAAAAACGUUUUAUCAAAACAAACUCAUUAGGUAUCUGUUAUUUUUUUUUCCGGGAACAAACGAACAGUUUUCUUUGUCACCGACAAAAAUUGAUAAAAAAAUAUUUUUCGAUCAAAACAAACAUAAGAUCCAGACGACAUGUUCUUCUGAUUCCAAAUCAAACCUAAGAAUAUGAGUGCAGAUCGUAAGAGAAAAACGGUAACCACCCCUAAUCACUAUUAAAGCUUUUCCUUUUGCGAAUCUUAAGGUUUUGUUUUAUUUCUAUAAAGCUUCUGUUUUAGAGGUUCUUUAGGUUUUGAUAAAUUUUGCUCUAGACAUUGAUUGUUGGCGAUCUACAUCAUGUAGAACGGGAGCAGGCGUCAAGCUAAGAAACAUUUCAUAGAAGAGUAGUUUAUAAAAAUUCAUGUCUUAACACACGGGCUUCAUAGGAGAAUACGAACAGAGAAGAUGGAAGAGGAUUUGAGAUUAUCAGAGUGUACAUGGUAAGUAUUUUUUGUUAAUUAUUCAAUUAAUUAGAGAAUUUGGUAACUGUAUAUUAAUUUGGUGAUGAUGUUUCUUGUCAAAUUUCAUUUCAAUGUUUGCAAAUUGACCCCUUGGCGGGCCUUGAAGAAUCUGCCAUUGUUCAUUCAUGAGCAAUAUAAAAGUGUUUCUCAUUUUUGUUAAUUAUUUAUUUGGUUUGUAAGUGUGUAUAUUUAUUGGAAUUGGCAUAACAGCUUAUGUAUAAUUCCCUCAAACAUAGAAGAAGUUUAUUGGACCUAUAAUGGAGUUGAUAGAUCGGGAAGUUCUAUCAAAGGAGUCUGGUGAGGUUGCUUCUACAGAGAACCUUUUCUUUGGCAAGGCAGUGGAGAAGGAAGAAAGUGAUUUUCGUGAUCAGAGCCCAAGUAAGUUGAAAAGAAGUAAGGAGGGGCAGUUAUUAAUUUUGUGUACUUUUCUAGUGUGCUGAGCGUGAGUUUUUUUUUUUAAUGAACAGAUGUUGGUGAAAGAACGAUCAGAAGCUAUGAAGAAAGAAGUUUCUCUCCCACGUUCAGCAAGUGAAUCCAGACAACAACUCACGGAUCACUUGGAAUGGAAGUUGCAAGUCCGAGAGAAGGGAUGUUGUUACAUAGACAGCAUUGUUUUACUAACGGCAUAAACAGAUCAUGGUAACUAAUUACGAAGGCAGCGGACGGAAAUUAUGAGGCAAGGUAAUCUGAAGCAAAAAGAUAUGUUACUUGGAGAAAAAUAUAACGUGGAAAGAAAGGUAGUUAGAGUGGAACUGGUGACAAUGGAAUUCGCUGUGAUGGACAUCUUGUAUAGAUGCCUAGUUGGUCUGUAUAUCCCGGUUGCUGGGUAAACCAAGAAAUUCUCGAGGAACUUCCAUUGAUCAACCUGUAAGUUCUUAACACGGCCAAGGAAGGCACUCUUACAGGUACAAUGUAUCUCAGAUCCCUACAAUAACAAUUAGAACUACAUUGGUUAGUCGUUGGCAACACAAAAUUCUAGAAAACAAAUAGAUUCAAACAAAAAACAUACCAUCCUAUCUUCAAGUAUGAACUCGAAAGUGUCUUCUCCAGAAUAGUUUGAAUGUUGUGUCCACGAAUGAAGAACUUUCACUUCAACCUUCCAAGUAGUUUUAUAUGGUUUGAGAUUGUUCAACAUAGUGAUUUCGCUGUUUGUAACCAUAGCCAUAGUAAGUUAAAAAGAAAAGGUCGCCGACUGCUAAUAAGAACCUAACAGAACUUUUAUAAUUGUUUUUUUUUUGUGGUGAGGUGUGGAGAAAUCUAGAUUAUAUAGGUAGGUGAUUAAUCUAGGUUAUAAGGUUAGCUAAACCAUAUCGUUUAAAAGAUAAAUGGGCCACGAGAAUUUGCAAUUUUUAUAAAGGUUUAUGCUUGUUUAAAAAUAUACGAACAGUAAUUAAACCUGUAGCCAAACAAUAUUCACUUAAUAUACUAUCCUUAUUUCCAAACAAUCUCAUUGUGUACUUCAACUUUAAUAAUAUAGAUUUCUCGUCGGGUCGAGUAUCAUGUACAUCGGACACACAUGUAUGCAUAUGUACAUAUAUGUUAUUAAUAUGCUUUGCUAUUGCUGGGUAUAUAAGAUUGAAAAAUGAUUUUUAGUUUUGGGCAUUAUAUUAAAUGGCCUAGCCCAAAUCGAUAGCUUCAGACCCAGUUAUCUCAUUUCAAGUAACCUUACAUUUAGUUUAGAGAUGCAUAAGAUGGUCAGUGACAAAAAAAAAAAAAAAAAAAAAGAUGCAUAAGAUGGCCUAUUUGAUUUUUCAGUUUGAGUUUUAUGGUUUUAAGAAUGUUGUUUGUUUAGAAAAAUAACAGAAUCUAGCUCUACUAGACAGUCUAGAGAUGCAUAAGGUGGCGUUGCGUCACCAACCCCCUUUUAAUUUUUGUUUUUUGUCUGUAGAUAUCUUCACUCGGCGAAUCUCUUUUUCCGCUUGUCGGAUUAAUAUUUCGCAAGUCCCCUCUCGGUCCGUUUCAGAGCUUUGCUUCAAGUUCUUCUUUUAUCUCUGAUUUCCAAAUUGAUUAAUAAAAAUAGGGUUUGUAACUUGCUUUCCGCUUUGUUCUCAACUUCAUCCCGUUUGGUUACUGGGGCAAGAUCCUAAUUUAUCGUUCACUCAAGAUUUCUUACCUUGAGAAUCAGUCUUAGUUUAUUAUUAUAACCGUCUAUGGAUGUUACGAAGAAUCUCUAAUGGAAGAAUGAUGAGUUUUAUAGGAUGCCUUGUGAUGCAGCACCGAUCAUCCGUGACGUUCCUGCCACUAUGGCAUCUUAGGCAUAUUUUCUUAUUUUUAUGUCGGCUUUGUUUUCUUUUUUACGAAUAGUAUGUUUUCCUAUUAGUUAAGGGAAUCACAAAUCCCUUAGGUUAUGGCUUUUAUAGUUCUUAUAUAUAUAUAUAUAGACAAGGGAUGAAUGUAAAGGCACAUUUUGAUUAUUGAAUAACAGAUUUAGAGUUUUGGUUUUAAAGAGCUUUCCCAAGCAUUGCGAAAAGUAUUUGCGCCUAUCGAUCUCGUUUUCGAAUUUAACUUCGGAAACAAGUUACCUAAUCUAAGAUCAAACCCUUCAUCUUCGAUUCCUUAGCUUCCGCUCUCUAUCACCUUGAAUCGUGUAUGAAGCGAUUCAGCAGAACCGGCGUUUUCCGAAACGGUCCGUCAAAGAGUCUUAUUUCAUCUUAUUUUAAGUCUCCUCAGGUAUAACUACGGUGAAUCAGGUCCUCUUUACUCAAGUACCCGCAGAUUAAAGUGGAAGGCGUUUCAUAUUUGGUAUCAGAACUCCCGUAUCGGAUAAUUGUUUUUAACUUUAUGGUGGAGCUAUACGGCGGAGAGAUAGAGUUAAAGAGGCGUUUUCGAGAAGCUGGCGAUGGUGUUGUUUGGCAGUGCGGGCAAGAUUGCCGUUCAACACUCACGAGACAUGUGUCCCAGACGUGGUUUUGAGUCGAUCGAUUCGUCAACGCAUGGCAAAGCUUCCAGAUGUUUCUUUAUUUGGGCUUUUAAUAUCUAGUGGGCUACUCUGUCGCUGUAUAUUAUAAACUGAUACCAAAUGUAAUGCCCAAUAGGUUUAAUCAAUGAAACUUAAGUUGACAAAAAAAAAGCUCUACUCUACUUGUUCAAGUUUUUGUUUACUUGCACUGGUUGCUUUGUAUUCACAUGUACUGAACCAAAAAUAGUUUAGAUACCGAUAUAUAUAUAUAUAUAUAACUGAGAUGUAAGUGCAAGAUGCAAACACAAUAAGGUAAUGCAGAAAGUAAAGUAAGAGACAAACAACUACAAGCAACCCUUAAGCUUUAUUAGAAAUCGCUUUGUAUAUUCUAUUACAAGUUCUGCUUAAUCAGCUUUACACAGUCUGUUACACCCUAAUAACUGCUACUGAAAGAUUCCUAAGCUACCCGCUUGUGUCUCUCUUCCGUCGAGUACUUCAGCCACAGCUUCAACACGACCCAUAACACUUCAAAGAGUUUCUCUCUCUUUCUAUAAGACCAGCUUCUGUGUCUCUGUCUCUAUACAGAUGACCCCAUAGCUAUCUUAUAGUUAUUCUCCACGUUCCCAAAAUCAUAGUCUCCAAGACAACAUGUAUGGACAUCUUCCAUAUCAAUAAGUGCAAUUUUCUUUUUCUAGGAAUGCACUUAUUUCUCUGUCUUUCAGUCAUAAACUUGUUCCUCAAAUUUAUUGCUCUUUCCAUAUCUCCAAGAUACUCUCUUGCUCUCUACGUCUACACGACUCCAGCUCAGCACCUUGACUCCACAUGGUCUUCACCACUCAUUACGACGUCUGUUUCAGCAACUACGUCAGCGACUAAUUCAGGACAAACUUCUUAAAUUUUCAUAAGAUACUCAGUUACUCACAUGAUCUCUAAGCUUCAUUGUUUUUGUUCCUGCAUUCUAAGCUUCAGUUACUCAGCACCUUGACUCCUUACUCUAAGCUUCAGUUACUCAUCACCUUGACUCCACAUGGUUUUCACCACUCACUACGACGUCUGUUUCAGCAACUACGUCAGCGACUAAUUCAUGACAGACUUCUUAAAUUUUCAUAAGAUACUCAGUUACUCACAUGAUCUCUAAGCUUCAUUGUUUUUGUUCCUGCAUUCUAACAAAUAUAAAUAUCAUACUGACCUACAAAUAACAUGAGACCAAAAACAACUCUAUACGCAUUUAAAGAAAAAAAAUGACAAAGACAGUUGUGAAAGAAAAACAUGAACCCGUCAAAUAGGUCGCCACAAACAUUCAACGAUGUCUCAGUCAGUUAUAUACCUAAUUCUCAAUUGCCAAAAGGAUAGUGUAUGACAAUUCUAAAUAAACUACUAACGCAGUUAUCUAAAACAUAAUAUAAACUGUAAAAAAACAAAAAAAAAAACAUUUAUUCUCCCUUAAUCAUUGUCCGUAGAUGUCUUUUUUUCGUGAAAUCCAUGCUAUAAAUUUCUCCCCAAAGAGAUCGAUCAACUUUCUAGUUUCUACCAUCACAAGCUUCACUCGUAACAUUUUAAAUGGUUUACUUUAUUUUUUCUCUAAAAUAAAGUAACUAUAUAAAAUAAUUUAAGUUUACUCUGAUUGUACUCUAUUUUAGAGUAGAAAUAAAAUAAUGAACCAAAAAAGUAUUUUAUUCUAUAUUUGGAGUAAAUCUAUUUUCACUCUAUUAUAGAAUAAGAAAUACAGUACUAUUAAAUCAUUUUUAUUUUAAACUCUAUUUUAAAAUAAAAAAUAGAUCAUUGGAGAUAUCCUUAUACUUGUUUUUCUUUCUCGGAGAGAAUCCAAAAAGUGACAAUAUGAGAUUUGUCCAACGACUCUUUCUGUCUUGAACAAGAAAAUUAUUAAAUCAUGGUUAUAUUAUCAAGCUCAUAGUUGGUAGAGAUUCUUUAGAGUUUAGACGAAUGGAAUACGAGAGCAAGACUAAAAAUCUAAAAUCAUACAUUUAUAAGAAAGUGAAGUUUACUAGAAUGUUACAUAUUUUAGGUGUAUUGAAUAGAAUGAUACAGAUCUUUUUUUUAUUACUAGAAUAUUUUCGAUACCAAGCGUACCCUUUUUUUAGGUUAUGAGAAAAAACGUAUUUACGAGAAUGCCAUUACUUUUCGCUGCCACGUAGGCAAAAAACCGGCGCCACGGAGGAAUUUGCGUCCGUAUUUUCAUUAAGUCAGCUGUUAAGCGAUAGAUACGUAGUUACGGCCGAUUUAUCUUUACGUUACGGCUGACUUAAUACAUACGACUGACUUAAGAGAAAGUGGCUGACUUAAAACUAUAAGUCAGCUUGCCGAUACAACUGAUUUACAGAAAUCCGGCUGAGUUAUGUGACCACGGCUGACUUAAUGAUACAAAUGACGGCUGACUUAUACAUCGGCGGUUUGAUUUCUGAAAAAUUUGGCUGAGUCGUGGUUAAGAAACGGCUGAGAAACUUUUUUUCAGCUGAGUAAAGGAACAUGGAUGGGCUGGGUUAUUGAAGCCACGGCUGAGUUAUGGGAUGGUGUUACGACUGGGUUUGUAUUAGUCAGCCGUUAAAGCAUGGAUAAACAGUAAACUCAGCUGCUUUGCGGCUGACGUAUGAGCGAAAGAUUAAUUACUAGAAUGUUCUCGUUUGAUGGCUGAUUUACGUAACGAUACGGCUGACAUAUGGUUGUUCAUCCUUAUUGCGGCUGACUUACUGUCAAAAGAUUAAUUACUAGAAUGUUUCCAUGUAUUGGCUGACAAAGUGUAAACAUGAUGGCUGACUUAUUUUGGCUGAGUUACUGAUUUGUUUGUCGGCUGAUUAACCGAUGUUCCAUGUCAUCUGCCAUGUCAUCAACUCGGAUUUGACAUGUCAUCACUAACGGUCGCCCAAUUUACAACUGAGUUACGAGACCUUUCAGUUGUCUUCUUCAUCUUAUUUUUGAAUGAUUACACAGCCUUUCUUUUCUUCUUCAUCAUCUCAGUUAUCUAUCCUCUUCAUCUUUCUCAUAUGGUAAUGGAUCCCGUUAUUAUUGUUUCCGGUAAAUGGAUUAUGAAAAAACGAUAUGUAUUCAACGUCGACAGUAGAGGGUGUAGAGUUCUUCAUUUAGAUGAUAAAACUAAACUUGAAGAUUUCACAAAGUCUGUCAUCGACGAUUACGGUUUGAAUGAUUUGAAGGUUCAUAUUCUGCUUAGCUACAUGUUUUCGAAUAAAACAUUGAAAACAAUGGCGCACAACACUCCACCAGUUUACGUGUCCAACACUCGACAAUUGCAAUGUUUUCUAAGCUUAAAGAAAAGCGAACAACUACGUCUCUGUGUGGAGAUUACAGAGAAAAAGGAUGACAGCUCAGACGUAGAAGCUUCAGAAGAAGAAGCUUCAGAAGAAGACGCUUCAGAAGAAGAAGCUUUAGAAGAAGAAGCUAUAGAAGUUGAGUCUAUAGAGAAUGGGAGUUACGAUGGUUGCAGUUUGGAGGAUGAACAAGAUGAAAUUGAGAAUGACUGCUUUAGUAACGUUGAAAUACACGACGUAGCCGGAGAAGAUGAAAUAGGCAAAGAAAACGAAGAAGAUGAUGAAUUUAAAAGUCGAUUUGAUAUGUUCGAUGACUCGGACGGUGCGUCAUCUGAAGAUGAUAACUUCAGCACAUACGGUGAGUAUCCUAUCGAAGAAGACGAAGAUUCACCAACGCUACCUUACAAGAAGAGAUAUCAGAACUUCUUGAUGAGCGAAUCUAAAGGGAAUCUGGAGGUUUUGAAGUUGGAGAUGUCGUCGUUAGACCUUGCGGUAGGACAACGAUACUUGACUAAAAAGCAUUUGAAGAGACGACUGAAACUUUUUACAGUGAGGCAUCAAUUUGAUUUUGAUGUAGAAAUAUCAAACCUGACAACAUACGUUGUUAAGUGUUGGGUUGAUGGAUGUACAUGGAGAGUUCGUGCAUCUACCGAAGGAUUGUCCCCGCAGUUUUAUAUUCGUAUUUACGACUCGGAUGAUGCAUGUUCUGUAACUGAGCGUUCUAAUCGAUCUCGAAAUGCAACACCGGAUAUUUUAGGAGAGUUGUACAAGAACUUUCUCGGCGACGUUGGUCCGGCCGUUCGCCCUGAGAGUGUCGGAAUAGCUAUCACUAAGCAGUUUGGUGUAAAGGUAAUUAUGUUACAACGGCUGAGUUAUGGUAGAGUAUAGGCUGGGUUAUUUUAUGUUAGAAAUGGCUGAGUUACAAAACUAUGGUUGAGUUAUGUUUACGUUGUGACCGUCUUAAUGAUAUGAUGUGGCUGAGUUAUGUAAAUUGUUUUUUCAUGUGAGCAGAUGGAUUAUUGGAAAUCACACCGGACGCUUAAAUGUGCAAGGGAAAUCGAUGAGGACACACCUGAGUGUGGUUUUGAACUCUUGCCUUCUUACUUAUACAUGAUAAGAAGGGCAAAUCCGAAUACAGUUACGCGUCUUCAAAUCGAUGAGCUUGGAAGAUUCAUGUAUGUGUUUCUUGCGUUUUGUGCGAGCGUUAAUGGGUUUCCUUUCAUGCGCAAAGUUGUUGUCGUCGACGGUACGUUUCUUAAUGGUAAAUAUAAAGGGACGCUACUCACAGCACUAGCUCAGGAUGGUAACUUUCAGAUUUUUCCAAUAGCCUUCGCAGUGGUUGACACUGAAAAUGAUGAUUCGUGGAAUUGGUUUUUUACGCAACUAAAAGUGUUGAUUCCUUACCAGGAGGGUCUUGCGAUAAUAUCAGAUAGGCAUAACUCGAUAGGGAAUGCAGUUACAAAUGUGUAUCCGUUAGCUGCUCGUGGAAUAUGCACCUAUCAUUUGUAUAAAAAUACAUUGGGACGGUACAAAGGAAAAGAUGUAUUUCGGCUGGUGAAGAAAGCGGCGAGAUGUUUUAGAAUGUCUGACUUUGAUAUGAUUUUCGAGGAGAUUGAAGCACUUAAUCCUGAUCUCCACGGCUACCUCGAAAGAGCUGAUGUCAGACUGUGGACACGUGUUUAUUUCCCGGGCGAGAGGUACAAUUUGAUGACUACGAACAUAGCGGAAUCAAUGAACAGAGCAUUAUCGCACGCUAGAGGUCUUAACAUUGUUCGAAUAUUGGAACCGAUACGGGUUAUGAUGACCAGAUGGUUUGCUGAACGAAGAGUAUAUGCCAGAUCGCAGUCAACCACACUCACGCGCGGUGUGGAGAAACUAUUACAAGUAAGUCAGUCGUAACAAUAAAAUAAGUCAGUCUUUAAACCUAAUAAGUCAGUCAUUAUAUUGCAUAAGCCAGCUUUAUAAAUAAUAAGUAAGCCGUUUCACGAAUAUUGGGUUUUGUUAAUAGGGACGUGUAAGUGCCUCCCGGGAUUGGACGGUUCAAAGGAUUGAUGACCAUCACACUGAAGUUAAAUAUGGCGCUGCUGGCGAGUCUUUGAAUGUUGUUAAUUUGGUUGAGCGAAAGUGCACAUGUCGGCGUUUCGAUGUCGAGAAAAUACCAUGUGUACACGCAAUCGCAGCUGCAGAGGAAAGAAAUGUUUCUCGUAUAUCACUGUGCAGUCCUUACUAUAAAAGCACUUAUUUAGCUAGCGCAUACGCUGAAUCGGUCAUGCCGGUUGACUCAGCGCUACCUCUUCCAGAUAACGUGGCUAACGUACAGUGCUUUCCACCGUUUAUUCGUCAACAACCGGGAAGACCUAAAAAAAAUAGGAUGAAAUCUGCUUUAGAAGUUGCACUUGCAAACAAACGUCCUAGGAAAGAGCACAUAUGUUCUCGUUGCAGUCAAAGUGGACAUAAUGCGAGAACUUGUCCGAUAUAAGCAAUUGCUUUUCAUGUUGUUUUGUAAUACGGCUGGGUUUUGUGUUGUAAUACGGCUGGGUUUUGUGUUGUAAUACGGCUGGGUUUUAUUUUCAUUGAUUUGCACAACGGCUGGAUUAUUAAUUGUAAUACGGCUGGGUUUUGUGUUGUAAUACGGCUGGGUUUUUUUGUUUUAAUGUUCUAUGACGGCUGCGUUAAUGUUU